AUGUCCACCGACAUUAUGGAAGUGAGCUCACUGGGCCGACCUUUCACCUUGGGAAUGCUCUACGAUGCCCGCAAAGACGCCAUCCUGCCAGGUUACAUUCUUUGGGAUGAGGAGACAAUUCAGAAGAACACGGUAGAGAACUCUCAUCGCAGCAGCAACUUCACAGUGACAGCGUCCGACUCCAUCGAGUCCCGCUCCUCCCUGCUGGAUGUAAGUGCUUCUAUCAAGGCCAGCUUCCUGUGCGGUCUGAUCGAAGUGGACGGAUCUGCCAAGUACCUGAAUGACAAGAAGAAACUGAAAAGCCAGAGCAGAGUGACAUUUCAGUACAAAGCCACCACCCACUUCAAGCAGCUGUCGCUCACUUCGCUGCAAGAACUGCAGUCCUACCAAAUGGACAUUGUGGAGAAGGGCAUAGCCACACAUGUCGUCACAGGCAUCCUUUACGGGGCAGACUGUGUCUUUGUGUUUGACAGCGAGAGGAUGGAUGGCAGCAGCAUUCAGGAUGUCCAGGGCAGGAUGGAGGCGGUCAUGAAGAAGAUUCCGAUGUUUACCGUGAGCGGGAAGGUCGACAUCAAGCUGACCGAGGAGGAAAAAGCUCUCACGACGAGGUUCACCUGCAAGUUCUUUGGUGACCUCCUUCUGAAGAGCAACCCUGGAACCUUUGAAGAAGCAGUGAAAACUUACAUGGAGCUUCCAACGCUGCUGGGACAAAACGGCGAGAAUGCUGCUCCACUGAAGGUUUGGCUCCUGCCCCUGAAGAGUCUGAACUCUAAAGCUCCAAGCCCCGAGCUGAGCCUCAUCAGCGUCAGUCUGCUGCGAAAAGUGCAAGAUGUUCUAGAAGAUGGACAACAGAUGGAAAUGAGGUGCAACGAUUCUCUUGAGGAUGUCGUGGCCAAGCAUUUUCCUGAGAUCUGUGAAGCCUUGAGACGCUUCCAGAAGCUGUGUCAGUAUUACACAUCGUUUCUCCGACAGUCCAUGGUCAACAAACUUCCUCUCAUUCGCGACGGCACAAAGGAUGAGAGUGAGCUGGCCAAAGUCUUUGCAGACAAAGAGAUGUGCCCCUUCAGCCACGCUGCUCUGAGCAACUGGUUGGACAGCAAGGAGCGGGAGAUCACCAUCAUGCGCUACUGCAUAAACACUAUGGACGGGAUAAAUGUCAAGUUUGUCCAAAGUAAGUCUGAGCUGGACCGAGUGCUUUAUGCUCCGGGGGUCAACGAUGUCCUCUGCUUCGUUUUCACGUCCCUGGAAAGCAGCGACCCCCAGCUGGAAGCCAUGGCCCAAUACCUGGACAAGUGCCCAUUACAAAAAGCAAACAACAACCCUUGGUACUUCACUGAUGAUGUCAUCGCUAGCAUGAAAGAGAAGGUCAACACUUUCGUUGGCAUUGCCAGACCACUGAGAGACAACCACAGUCUCCAAUUUGUCGUCACUGCUAUGGCCAACACGGAGCACGCAGGCGCAAGCAUCUACCACUACAAGAAUGCCGUCCUGCUCACUGACAACUUCUCCAAACCUGACAUCCCCUCCGUCAAGGACAUACAAGACAAAAGUGCAUUAAUGUGGUAUGCCUGCGAUCUGCACCUGGACCCCAUGACGGUAAACUACAAUCUUGCCCUCUCGCAAGACAACAGGAUGGUGUCUCGUGGGGACCGAAAGAGCUACCAGGACAGUCCAGAACGCUUCGAUGUGUGUUCACAGGUGUUGUGCACCGACGGUCUCGUGGGGCGCCAUUACUGGGAAGUGGAGUGGGGUGGUGGUGCUGACCAAGAUAUCGCCAUAGGCGUCACAUACAGAGGAAUCCCGAGGAAAGGAAAGGACUGUUAUUUAGGUUGGAACCCCAUAUCCUGGACCUGUGGCAUCUAUGGUGCCCAGCCUUUCCCAACAAUCUUUGAAUAUCAUAUGUCUCAGCGGAAAACCAUGGUUUUCCCAGGCAAGGCACUCAAGCGCAUUGGCGUGUACCUGGACUGGCCUGGCGGCUCUCUGUCCUUUUAUGACGUCUCCUCCGAUGGGCUAACUCACCUCUACAGCCACUACGCUACGUUCAGUGAGCCCCUUUAUCCAGGAUGCUACAUCUAUUCCCCAUCUGGUCAUGUGUUCUUCUGCCCCGUCCAGUAG